AUGGCCGCCGCUUCAGACGAGUGGUCCGUCAAUGCCAACGAGGCUCUUCAUAUCUCCUUAGUGCAGCCCGGCUCGAAGGCUCUCACUGUACGCCAUGAUUUUCAUCCCGAGUUUACCUAUCCGAUUGUGGGAGAAGCAGAACAGAUCUUCGGCUAUAAAGACCUAGACAUCAAUCUACAAUUCGCGGCUCAUGACUUACGUCCACACCUUCAUAUCUCCUAUUCUAAGAAAUUCCCAGCUGUUGGCACCACGAGUGCGCUCGACCUGAAGAAGACCCUGAAGCCUUUCUUGCCUCCCACCGCAUUUGAGUCAAAUUUUGACUCUCAGAUCCUGGAAGAUGCCAACGCCACAGACUGGACACCGCCUGGCUCCUUCGUCAAGGGCUAUACGAGAGGAAGGGAACACUUCGAGAUUUGGGCUGGUUCGCUCCUCGAGGUGCCUAUGCGAUCGCUAGUGGACAACAUUCAAAUACUUAUUCUUUUCUUCAUCGAGGGAGGCCAGUUCAUCAAUCUAGAGGAUGUCGAUUGGACUCUAGACCGAUGGCGAGUCUACCUCGUCUAUCACAAAUCGUCGAGUCCCUCGGUGACGAAUGCCUCUCCUUACACAUUUAUCGGCUAUGCAACCACAUAUCGAUUUUACAAAUUUGACGCUGCAAAGAGCCGUGCAGCAACUAAUGUCUUCACCUUCCCCGCAAUCCAAAAGAUCACGCCCAACAAGCUCUCAUCAAGGCUCCGAAUAUCACAAUUCCUGAUCACGCCCCCAUAUCAGCAAGCAGGACACGGAUCAGCGCUUUAUCAAGCAAUUUAUGCCGAAGUCAUGUCUGAUCAAACGAUAGUGGAAAUGACUGUUGAAGAUCCCAGUGAAGAAUUUGACAAGCUUCGGGACAUGAACGACUUUGACGUUUUGGAACCUCAAUUCAAAGCCGCAGGAAUUCAAAUCAACGACUCGCCUUUCGCAUCUUCAGAGCGGCGCCGAAUCAGUCGCGUCCCUACAGCGACCUUGCUUCCACUAGACAAGUUGCAAGAGAUUCGUUCAAGGAACAAGAUGGCCAGCCGUCAGUUCGCGCGCAUGGUUGAAAUGUAUCUUUUAGCACAAGUACCACAUUCUCAUCGUGCUUCUGGCGGCGCAUCUCUGACCAGUCUAACUGUGAAAGGAUCUCGAGCAAAGAACGCUGACGAUCGACGAUAUUAUUGGUGGCGUCUGUUACUGAAACAGCGCAUUAUGAAGAAGAACAAGGAUUUGCUUCAGCAAGUCACACCUGAAGAACGAGUUCCACAGAUUGACGACAGUGCUCGGGCACAAGAAGACGAAUAUGAGGGCCUCUUGCUGACAUAUGGAUUGAGGAGGAGUAAUGAGGAGGAGCGGCAAGGAAACGGAGAGUCAGCGGUCCGAAAGCGGAAGGUGAUUGAGUCGGAUGAUGAUGAUGAUGAUGAUGAAUCUGAUGGUGCCAGUGAAGGAUCGAAGAGACAGAGACUCUGA